UUUUAGCCUAUCUUCAUACUGUACUGUCUUUGUUGUAGCGGUAUCCUGUGGUCCACUGUCCUAAACCAGGAACAACAGUCGCGCAAGUCAUUGCGAGAUGGCUCAGCAAUUGUUAUUAAAAGUAAUUUGCGAUCAUCAGGGAACAUUGGACUAUGCACAUCUGGCAGAUGGUGGGUUUGGGGCAGAUAUGUUCUGCGCUCUUGAUAAACUUGUUGAAAACGAUGUAUUUUAUAUAGCGCUGUGCAAUGGAAACAAACGCAUUAUUGCGAAAACGAAAGUUAGACGCUGCAAAGUGCAGCAAUGUGAUGGCUGCAAUGAUUUACACCUGUGUAAAUUUUAUCUAUUUGGGGACUGCAAGAAUAGUAGGGGAAGACGGGCAUGCCGCUUUGGCCAUGACCUUCACUCCGAACACAACUCCAUAGUUUUGAGAGAGCAUAAACUUGAGACGCUGAGUAGACAGGAACUCCGGCAGCUAUUAUUACAGAAUGACAACUCUCUCCUUCCACCGGUGUGCUACUCCUAUAACAAAGGCACCGGGCCAUAUGGCAACUGCCCUGAUCAGGAGGGGUGCAGGAGACUUCACGUGUGUGACAGGUACAUCAGAGGAACCUGCUCCUCGGGAGCCGACUGCAACAGGUGUCAUGACUUCUUCGAGCCCCACCCACGGAGGACCCUGCAGCAGAGGGGAGUGCCAAACGAUCUAAUGGCGUCCAUGUUGUCCACCUACCAGAACAUCCAGGCCAUGAAAAGUGAAGGUGCCGGCGGUGCUUCUUCCAUCAACAGGCCCCAGAGCUGUCCUCAGAGAAAUACAGUGAGGAAUGAGAUCUGCCUGUUCUUUGUCAAGGGGGACUGCAAACAAGGAGAGAAAUGCCGGAGAGUCCACUUCAAAAUGCCCUACAAGUGGGAAGUGAACGAUGGACAGACUUGGUCAGCUCUGCCAGAAAACGAAGAAAUCGAGAGAGACUUCUGUGACCCUUCUAAGAUACACAGUGAGGGAUCUGAGCGUGUGCGUUUCAACUCCAUGAGCCGUGGAUUAUGGGAAGUUCGCCGUCUCUCCACAGUUUCCUCUGUGACCCAGCCCACAUACGUACUCACCACAGAGUGGGCAUGGUUCUGGGAGGACGAGUACGGCAAAUGGGUCCAGUACGCAUCCAUCAAAGAGAUGCACAGAUUGUCGUCCAUCACCAGUGAAGACCUUGAGAAAAGGUACCAGGAGGAUCAAAGUGCUGUGGUGAAGUUCACUGCAGGCCAGCAGUCUUAUGAGCUGAGUUUCAGAGACAUGACACAAAAAAACAAAACAUAUGGUACUUUAAGGAUGGUCAGACGACGUCCUGUCUUUGUUUCAACUGUGGACGCACAAGCUGCAAGAAGCAGGAGAAAUGGAGCACGCAAUUUCAGAGCUGUUCCUGGAUCUUGGGACAAGUCUGCGAUACCUGACAUUGGAUACAAGACAGUCACUCUUCUGAGUUCUGACAGGGACUAUCAGAAGGUCCAGGAACUUUUCAACAAGACCAUGAGGGGCUUCCAAAUCACCCGCAUUGAGAGGGUCCAAAACAGGGACCUCUGGGAAGUCUUCCAGUGGAAAAGAGAUUUAAUGAAGAAAAACAAUGGAGGUCAAAACAGCAAGGAGCUACAUCUCUUCCACGGAACGGACCCAAAACACGUAGAUUCCAUUUGCAGAGAUAACUUCGACUGGAGGCUGUGUGGAACCAACGGAACUGUGUACGGCGAAGGGAGUUACUUUGCCAGGGAUGCCAAGUACUCAGACAGCUACACCAGCCACUCAGGAGUGAGGUCCAUGUUUGCUUGUCAGGUGCUUGUUGGCGACUACACACAGGGGAACUCAGGGCUCCGUCGCCCCCCUCCAAAAGGCGAGGGAAGCCCCACUCUCUAUGACAGCUGUGUGGACAAUGUCCUGAACCCAUCCAUAUAUGUGGUGUUUGAAAGGCACCAGGUUUACCCAGAGUUCCUCAUCAAAUAUGAUGAUAGCGUCAUGGACUGGUCCACUUCGGCUCCAGCUCCACCCAAGACUGUCUCUAUCCAAUCCACUUCCUUAACCCCAACAUCCAACCGGAUUCAAGCCACAGUUGCUGCUACCCCAUCAAAGAGAGUUCAAUCCACUUUGAAUCCAUAUAAAACUGCAGCCACCACUUCCUCAAAUCCAACCCAUUCUCGUCCCACUUCACGUUUUGUCCAUCAGUCUCUCCCAAAACCUGCCCAAGCCCCAUUGAUAUUCAUUCAAUCUCCAGUCCUCAUGAAGCCAGCCACAAGUUCUCAAUUAGUGGAUAUCACCCACGGCCAAGAUUUCACUCCCUCAUUUGCAAACCUCUCUCACACACUCACUACCCCAGCCAGUAACCUCUCUCGUACGCUCACUACCCCAGCCAGUAACCUCUCUCGUACGCUCACUACCCCAGCCAGUAGACCCUCUCGUAUGCUCACUACCCCAGCCAGUACACCCUCUCGUACGCUCACUACCCCAGCCAGUACACCCUCUCGUACGCUCACUACCCCAGCCAGUACACCCUCUCGUACGCUCACUACCCCAGCCAGUACACCCUCUCGUACGCUCACUACCCCAGCCAGUACACCCUCUCGUACGCUCACUACCCCAGCCAGUACACCCUCUAGUACGCUCACUACCCCAGCCAGUACACCCUCUCGUACGCUCACUACCCCAGCCAGUACACCCUCUCGUACGCUCACUACCCCAGCCAGUACACCCUCUCGUACGCUCACUACCCCAGCCAGUACACCCUCUCGUACGCUCACUACCCCAGCCAGUACACCCUCUCGUACGCUCACUACCCCAGCCAGUACACCCUCUCGUACGCUCACUACCCCAGCCAGUACACCCUCUCGUACGCUCACUACCCCAGCCAGUACACCCUCUCGUACACUCACUACCCCAGCCAGUACACCCUCUCGUACGCUCACUACCCCAGCCAGUACACCCUCUUGUACGCUCACUACCCCAGCCAGUACACCCUCUCGUACGCUCACUACCCCAGCCAGUACCCUCUCUUAUACAUUCACUACCCCAGCCAGCACCCUCCAUUAUACACUCCCUACCCCAGCCAGUACCCCCUCUCCUACACUCACUAACCCAGCCAGUACACCCUCUCCUACACUCACUACCCCAGCCAGUACCCCCUCUUAUACUCUCACUACCCCAGCCAGUACAGCUUCUCCUACACUCCCUACCCCAGCCAGUACCCCCUCUCCUACACUCACUACCCCAGCCAGUACCCCCUCUUAUACACUCCCUACCCCAGCCAGUACACCCUCUCCUACACUCACUACCCCAGCCAGUACCCCCUCUUAUACACUCACUACCCCAGCCAGUACCCCCUCUUAUACACUCCCUACCCCAGCCAGUACACCCUCUCCUACACUCACUACCCCAGCCAGUACCCCCUCUUAUACACUCCCUACCCCAGCCAGUACACCCUCUCCUACACUCCCUACCCCAGCCAGUACCCCCUCUUAUACACUCCCUACCCCAGCCAGUACACCCUCUCCUACACUCACUACCCCAGCCAGUACACCCUCUCCUACACUCACUACCCCAGCCAGUACCCCCUCUUAUACACUCCCUACCCCAGCCAGUACACCCUCUCCUACACUCCCUACCCCAGCCAGUACCCCCUCUUAUACACUCACUACACCAGCCAGUACCCCCUCUUAUACACUCCCUACCCCAGCCAGUACACCCUCUCCUACACUCACUACCCCAGCCAGUACCCCCUCUUAUACACUCACUACCCCAGCCAGUACAGCCUCUCGUAGACUCGCUCUUCCAACCUACACCGCCUCUCGAAGACUGGCUCCCCAACCCCCCACCCCCUCUCCUACACUCACUCCCUCAGCCAGCACCCCCUCUCGCACACUUUCCCCUUUAACUGGCACCCUAUCUUGGGCUCACACCCGCUCAACAACCACUACUCGCACUCUCUCUGCCAGAAGUACCUCUCACCCACUAUCCCCUUCAUCCUCAUUGAGCACACCUUAUCACACACUUUCUCACUCAUCAUACUCCCCCACUUACACACAAACUCCCUCACGCACUUCCCCCUCCACGUCAAGCAAUUCUUCUAGCACACUCUCCCCCUCAGCAAGGAACCUAUCUCCGGUGUUCUCUCCCUUGACAGGUGCCUUCACUAGAUCUCCUCCUGAGUCACUGUACAGUGUUCCAACAGCUCAAAGGAGGGACACCAAAGAAAAAAACAAGUGCCUUCUCCAAUAACUUGCCUUUGUCAGGGUGGAGCAGUAAGUUAAUAGAACGUUUUGAUGGCAAACUUCACAUAUUCAAAAACAGAAAAUGUAUUAAAAUGAUGAAUGAUAAUGCAUUUGCAUACUGAAUAUGUUUUAUAGCUGUGUAUCUUUACCUUGUAGGGGCUUAACAAUAGUAAAGCUGUUCACAACUAACCAGAAGCUGGUAAUUUUGCACAAAUAUGAAUUUGAUGAGCAUGUUUCCUUUACUCAGGUCUACUGACACAAUCCAUACAUUUUGUAAAUGAAACAAGUUUGAUUUCUCUGUUUUAAACUGAAUAAACUCAGAAAAUAAUUGAUUGUG